AUGCGGCUGGGCGGCGGCGCGCGGGCGCUGCGGCUGGUACGCGUGCGCGUCCCGCCGCUGGUUGCUCGCGGCAUGACGGCGCGGCUCGAGUGCCGCUUUGAGCUGCAGCGGGACCGCCUCUACUCGGUCACGUGGUACAAGGACCACGAGGAGUUCUACCGAUACGUGCCGCGCGCGCCCACGCCGCAGCACAGCUACCGGCUCGAAGGCGUCCGAGUAGUCGACGAGCUGUCGGACAGCCAGCAGGUGAUCCUGCGCAGCGUCAGCCUGCGAGCCACCGGGGUCUACCGCUGCGAGGUGUCGGCCGAGGCGCCCUCCUUCACCUCGGUGCACGGCGAGGGUCACAUGCAGGUCGUCUCGCUGCCGCACGAGGGCCCGGAGAUCUCUGGAGAGGUUGGCGGUGUGUUCCGGCAGGGCGACGUGCUCGCCCUCAACUGCACCUCCGGGCGCUCCUCGCCGCCGGCCAGGAUCCGCUGGUUCGUCAACGACCGCCAGGUGCCGCCGGCGCUGGAGGCGUCUGUGCAGCAGCACGGGCUGACGGCCACCGUGUCCGGGCUGCGCCUCGUCGUGUCCGAGCGCCACUUCUCCGCUGACGGCCGGCUGCGGGUUCGAUGCCAGGCGACGGUCACCGCGGGCGGCGGCCCGGACGCCGAGCCGCUGGUCGAGACAAGGGAGGCCCUCGUCGUUGAACUGCAGCCAGAAAAUGCACCAUUCCAUUACCUCGACAAGAGGCUGUCUGCAAUUAGAAACAAUAAUAACCAAUGCAAAGACCCAGGGAUCUGCGGGGUGCGCUCGGCCGCCGCCGCUGCGCGCUGUACUGCUGACGUCACUGCUGGCGGCGUCACUGCUGGUGCGCGGCGUGUGCGGCGCAUGCGCAUGACGGCGCUCUGCGCUCCAGAAACGUGGGGCCUGCGCCGUAGUUCCAGUGACAAUAAACUCGUGUUCGGUGGCGAGCGGCACCUGCUGCCGCCCGCUGUGCAAAGACGAUCGUGA